AAGACUGUGAGAAACUUUUAUCCCACCUUCAACACUAGCUCGACUUUCCGGGCUGAGAUUUUCUUUAGUGCUACACGCUAUAGAAAAAAGGCCGACAGCAACAUAUUCCAAAGCUAGUGAUUGUGUUCGCAGGCAGACUUACCUUUCUUGUCCGCCAGCACCGAGCAGCCCAGGCAGAGCAGAGAGGUGAGCGUCAUCCGCCAGUCCAGCGGGCGGACGGCCAUCGUCUUCGGGACAACGUUACCGAGGAAAAGCGCCGAGGUUCUCUAAUUCUUGGACGAACAGAAAGACGCGCUACUAAUUUUCUUCUUCUUCUCCUUUCCUUUUUCUCUCCACUCUCCAACUUUGACAGCUCCUCCUCCAAGCACUCACUUCUUCACGGAGCAGUUUUCGGGCGCGAGGACGAAGGACGAUGACGUCACGAGAAGGAGCCUCAGGGAAACAUGACAAAAACAGUUGGUGCUGCAAAGACCAAUCGGAACACACCGGAGCCUGAACGCAGCACGUCUCAUCUCUCAUGCGCGAAAUCAGAGCGCAGGCGUGAAAGUGGAGAAGAGGAGGAGGAGGAAGAGGAGGCGGCCAAUCUUUGCGCAGACUGCCUGCAGCCCGGUGGUGGUGAUGAUGAUGAUGAUGAUGAUGCUGACGCUGGUGCCUCAAUGGAGCCCGUGAUGUAAAUAAGGAUGGCGAGGGCAGCGGAUGGAACAUGCCGCCUUAUCUGUGCAUGACAUCGGGAGCAUCUCUCUCUGCAUGCCCUUCGGAGCCGCGCACAGACGCCUUGAUGCCUUUUGUUUGACACCCGAAGCCAAAGCCUCUCCUCGCCCACAGAAAAAGAUCAACUCAUAAAAGAAGAAGAAACCACUAGAGAUAUAAACGGGUCAUUAUGACCUUAGUAGCCUUCUCUGCAAGGACACCAUCGGAUUGCGUUCAGGCGGCAGCUUUCUGCUUGCAUCUUCUGCUUUGGAUCUCCUGCUCGGUGUCUGCAGAGGAGCAGCAUCACUUCAGCGUUGAGGGAUGGCUACAGAGGUAUGGCUACCUUCCCCACACCGAACCCAAGAUGUCUGUCCUGCGCUCAUCCCAAACAAUGCACUCGGCCAUCGCCGCCAUGCAGCGAGCCUACAGUCUCAACGUCACCGGGACGCUGGAUGAGAGAACCAAGGAUUGGAUGCAAAGGCCCCGCUGCGGCAACCCAGAUAAACACAAGAGUGCUUCGAGGUCACGGAGGCGGAGAUACGCGCUGACAGGACAGAAGUGGCAGCGUACGCAUAUCACCUACAGCAUAAAAAAUGUCACGCCAAAGGUGGGCGCCCGCGAGACCCACGACGCCAUCCGCCGGGCCUUCGACGUGUGGCAGGGAGUGACUCCACUGCGCUUUGAGGCCGUCCCCUAUAGCGCCCUGGAGACAGGCAGACGCGACGUGGACAUUACCAUCAUCUUUGCCUCCGGUUUCCAUGGCGACAGCUCGCCCUUUGACGGGGAGGGUGGCUUCCUCGCCCAUGCCUACUUUCCCGGGCCAGGCAUUGGCGGGGACACUCACUUUGACUCGGACGAACCUUGGACCCUUGGUAACCCCAACCAUGACGGUAACGACCUGUUCCUGGUCGCUGUUCACGAGCUGGGUCACGCCCUCGGACUGGAACACUCCAACGACCCCACGGCUAUCAUGGCUCCUUUCUACCAAUACAUGGACACAGAGAACUUUAAACUACCUCACGAUGACCUGCAGGGCAUCCAGAAAAUCUAUGGUCCUCCAGACAGAGCCCCGCAGCCGACCAGGCCACCACCCACUGCACCGCCUCCUCGCUUCCACCUGCCCACAGACCCGCGCAAGCAUGACCGCCACUCCAGGCCACAUCGCCCCCCGCAGGGCGCCAAGCCAUCCAACCCCAACUCCAAGCCUAACAUCUGCGACGGCGGCUUCAACACGCUGGCCAUCCUCCGCCAGGAACUCUUUGUGUUCAAGGACCAAUGGUUUUGGAGGGUUAGAGACAACUCAGUGGUUCCUGGAUACCCCAUGCAGAUUAACUACUUCUGGAAAGGCUUGCCUCCAAAAAUUGAUGCCGUCUAUGAAAACAGUGAAGGCAAAUUUGUGUUUUUCAAAGGAAGCCGUUUCUGGGUCUUCAAGGAUACAACUCUGCAACCAUCCUACCCUCAGGACAUCUCGCUGUUCGGCAGCGGCAUGCCCACGCAGAGCAUUGAGACGGCCGUGUGGUGGGAGGACGUGGCCAAGACCUACUUCUUCAAAGGAGACAGGUACUGGCGAUACAAUGAAGAGAUGAGGACCAUGGACCCAGGCUAUCCCAAACCCAUCACCAUCUGGAAGGGCAUCCCUGACUCUCCCCAGGGGGCUUUUGUGGACAAAGCCAACGGCUUCACCUACUUCUACAAGGGUAAGGAGUACUGGAAGUUCAACAACCAGCUGCUCCGCGUGGAACCCGGCUACCCACGCUCCAUCCUGCGGGACUUUAUGGGCUGCGACGGCCUCCCCCCAGACCCCGACUGGGACUGGAGCCCGCCGGCGGCCGAGGAGCGCCACUACGACAGCGGGGACGCCGACGUGGUCAUCAAACUGGACAGCGCGGGCGGCACGGAGAAAGCGGUGGCCAUCGCCAUCCCCUGCGUCCUGGCGCUGUGCAUGAUGGUCCUGCUUUACACCGUAUUCCAGUUCCGCAGGAAGAGCACGCAGCGCCACAUACUGUACUGCAAGCGCUCCAUGCAGGAGUGGGUGUGAGCAUGAAGGAGAGAGGCGGAGUCUCUGAUAAAAGGUCUAAAAAUUGCCACUCCCCCUCUUUGUUGGGUGAAGUACAUGACAAUGGCGGCGGAGGAACUGCAAAAAGUGUGCAAAGUGCAAGGCGACGGGAGCCAUAUCUCUUAAAUCCUAUUUAUUGACUCCUUUCUUUAUUUUGAAACAAACUUGACGCAAGUGGGACUGUUGUCCUCUGCACACUUGCUUGAAGAGCCCCGACAAGAGCGCCGACUAAUUAGAUCCUAGGCUUUACUUUCAGUCCUAAAGGAAUCAACUUGAGGUGUGCAUAUUUUUAUUUUUUUAUUUCUUACAUUUGGAAAUGUUUGGGAAAGAAUAUGUGAUGGAUUACUCCGACCUUUUCUUCCAAAGAGGAUGAUGACUCAGUUAUGUUUACGAGGACUUUUUUUUAGUGUAUCAUUUGUGAAGACAGCAGACAGUGUGAUAAAGUGUGUUAUGUCUAAACUCUACCAACAUGAAACAAGCUUAUUUAUACUAAUUUUAAUGACAUUUACUAAUGUAUUGCAAGCAAAGGCAUUUAGUCAUUUUAAAUCUUUAAAAGUAAUAUUGGGAACACACCCUUUUUGAUUAACUGUGAGCUGUGUUUUGUCUCCAAGCUCCACUUCCUCUUCUUUAAACAUGCAUACUGUAACUGCAGCGCUUGAUGCCAUAUAUCCCAUACAACAACAACAGUAGGGUCACGCAAUGUUAUCAGCACUCGUAUAGCUAAAAUGCUAACAUGUUAACAGCAUCAUACUAGGUUAGCCUGUUUGCUGCAGAAAAACUAAAUAAUCACACAACAUCUGUCGCUGACUGAUGGAUCGUUAGCUGAGCUCCAGAUAUAUUUUUAAGACGUGUAGCAAAGCCUCAGGUGCAACCUCAAAAGCUAGUGUUUAGGGACACAUUACAGUAUUAACAUUUUGCAUAAUAGGGUACUUUUAAUUCCAAUGCCAUGUUGUAUUUAUUGAUACAAGCAACCUAUUUGUUUAUACGUAAAAAAAUAUAUAUAUUUUCAAGCUUGCAAACAUCUCCACCAAACUGUGUCCAGAUUCAUGUUUGAGCCAUUGUUGCACUGACACAUUGUGCUA